UACGCGCGCCAUACGUGCUGACCAAAGAGGCAAGAUAGACAAGCACAAUAUAAUACGAGACACUACUGGGUUUAUUUUGGAUUCUUUUCCAACCAACCUUAAGUGACAUUUUGCAGCUUUUUUGGGUGUGGGGGGAGAGCGCGCAAUGCGGGACUCGACGUGUCGUCCACGCCUGGCGUGAUAUUCCCGCGUGGGUCUCAAAAUUUGGCCAUGACAGAGAUCAAUGAGAUGGAGAACGACUCUCAGCUCCAACUGAGCCGCCAUCCGCUGCCGUCAAAGUUGCAGAGACUCAAGCGCUCGCUGUCGUUCAUGCGCAGUAAGAGUGUUGAGAACUUCUUCCAGCGCUCCUACAGCGAUGCCCGCCUCCCCCCCGAGCUCAUCACGGAGCCUGCGGACCCCCCGUCGCCCUCACCGCCCCCGUUGGAGUUGAUGGGCUCGCCUAUUGGGAGCUCACGGCCUUCGCCGUCGCUGUCGCCGUCGGUCAGUCCCAACCCUUCCAUCGCCUCCCAUUCGCCCUCGCUCAGACUUUCCCCGUCGCUGCCCCCCAAGCCCGCCCAGCCAGCUCAGAUCACGCACUGCUUCCACAAUCAUGUCUUUCGCAAGCCCACCAACUGCGAGCUCUGCAAGAACAUGAUCCUAGGAAACUCCAAACAGGCUUUGCGGUGUAAAACGUGCAAGCUGGCGGCACACCUGUGGUGCACUUCAGAACUCUCGCAGCAGCCGUGUUACGGAAAGUCGGGCGCCUUCAAGCGAAACUUCAGCUCACCCAUGCUCGUCACCGAACAACUAGCCGUGGUCAAGGAAGUCCAGCCCAGUCAAGAAGUGGUACGGGCACGUGUGGACCCGGUCUACGCCGCCUUGCGCUACGGGACAUCGCUGGCGCAGAUGAGCCGCUCCAGUUUCGGCAGCAUGUCGGAUUCGCCGACGCGCAGUUUGGGUGAGGCGGGUGAGGAGAGGCAGGGGAGACAGUGCAGCAUGGAGGAAGACAUCCCUCAGGAGGCAGGAGACUCUGUUGCCGCCGACAUUGAAGUGGAGAAGGAACAAGAUGAGGGUGCAAGUCAGGCUGAGACGCCUGCUGAGGUGCCCCCCAAACGAAUCGAGGUGCAUUCCAUGCAUACUUACGUGGCGCUCUACAGCUUUCUGCCUCAGGAACACAACGACCUGGAACUACACCCCGGUGAUCGGGUGCAAGUCACAGACGACUCCAACGAGGAGUGGUGGAAGGGCAAGAGCGGCGACAGGGUGGGCUUUUUCCCAGCCAACUUUGUGCAGCGAGUGCGUCCCGGCGAGAGAGUGUGGCGUGUCAUCCAGGGAACAUCCGCCAGCAGCUGCGGGAGAGGACACAUGGUAGUCAAGGAGGCGCAGAUCUGCGUGGGCAAGUGUGAAGACGGCGACACCUUGGUGAAGUUGAGCAGCGGCAAGAAGCGAGGCCUGGUGCCGGCACACUCCAUCGAGGAGAUCUGAGCUUCGCCAACAAUGUCAUCACCUCCUCUCAUCAUUUUCGCCUUCUUUCUGCACUGAAUGGAUGAAGUGGACCAGAAACAAAAAAAGUUUUGCCCCAAAGUCUCCUCACUGUAAGUCUUAACGGAGAGCAAAAUGGACUCUUGUUUGUUUACAUUUGGCCCACACGCUUCCUUCUUCCUUUCCGCUUGGCUGCGUUUCACCCCCCUCCCCCCACACUUGAAAGAAAAGGUCGAAGAUGGAGAGGGCUAUGUGAUGUGAUUUUAUUUUAUUUUUGGGUAACAAUUCCCCUCGCUUGUCAGGCUUCAUUACAUUACAUUUAAAAACCACACAAACAAAAAAACAAAACAGUUUUCUUUAAGGGCAUAGAUCAAAUCCAAUUGCAAACAAUAAAUGCUUUUUUCUUUUUCUGUAAAUAGGAACACAUUUAAUUUCAAAUGACACAUUCAGAGUAUGUUAAUAAAAUAUGAAAGAUGGACUAUGAACAAAAUAGUGCAGCCAUGACACAACAAACAACCGGGUAAAUGCUUGAUUUUAUUUUUUUUUUUUUGAGGAAAGUGCAACAUCAGUGUUCUUUUUCGGAAAUGAGGGAUGGUGACAAGGCUAUCUAUAACAAUUACAGCGAAAAUAAUAUAAUGGAUGAAAGCUUUUUAGCAAAUUGCAACAUGAAUUUCAACCAGUGACUUUUUCACAUUUUGAAGAGUCGAACGUGUGCCUUGAAGGAAGCGAACACAUUUUCGGCAUUCACACGAAUCCUGCACUCAUUCUCCUCAUCAAAUCAAGGAGAGCGGCAAUCUAAUGGAAGCGUGGCUCAUUUACAUAUCGAAUAUUAAUGAGGAAUGUGUAAAAGGAAAUCAAAGGUUGACCUUUACAAAUAAAAUCCAAAUUUGCUGAACGUAAAAUACAACUUUGCUCGAUUUAGCUUGACAUUUUUUCACUUUUGAAAGUUGUCUUGUUCGUGAUGAACGUUUACUCCUACUACGCUACUGUAUUUUAAUGUUAGUCAUGAUGGUUCUUUUUUUUUUUUGUAGGUGGUACUAAAAAGUUUGAAAACAACCGUUCAAGACAGAUGGGCGACGCGAAAUUGCCAAGUUGUUUUGCUCGGGCAUCAAAUUUUCACGAUCGUUUUGAUGAUUCGCCAUCAAAAGGAGGCACGAGGGCCCAUCCAUCCCUUCUUGGAGCUUUUAUUCGCAUUAUCUUGUAAAUUUUUCACUCCGUUUAGGAAAAUAAUCUUUUUCCAAUUAAAAUUUUUUUAAAAAGACAAAAUGUUUUUCAUUGGACCAACAUAGCCCGAAAGCUCGUUGCCUUGUGCGCUCUUUGCUUUGCUCAGUAAGGACACAACACAUAAUUAAUGUGCUGUCUAAUUAACCCAAUUAAAAAAAAAUCACAUUAAAAAGGGAAGGUAAAGAUAGACCUGCAAGGCGGUGGUUCAGAUGAAAAGCCAUUUUGGUCCCGUUCCCAUGCAAAGGAUGUUCUGGCGGGAAGACAUUUGUAUGAGCUGAAGAAAACGAGUGCCAAGGAACGACGUGUGUGUCAAAGCGUGCCCUCUGAGUCAUCACUGAUCCAAAGUCACCUACCGUUCGGCUUCCCGUUGUCUGGCUUUCAUGUGGGAACGCUCACCGAUCCCCCCCCCGUAAAGGACACUUCAUUUCCGUCCCCUGCGUGAGGCCGUGCAGUCGAAGCCGAAAUCCUUUCAUCCCGGCGUUAGCGUUAACUUCUAACAAUUUUUACAUGCUUAUUGUUGUGUUCCGUUGAACUGUGAAGACAUGAGCACAACUGGGUUAAGUUCAGGCGUGUUGAUUGAUAUUGUAGCAUUCUUAACACCAGUAUUUUGACAUUUUGUUCUUCUCCACAUCCUUCAAAUGUAUUUUGAAAUUUCUGUCCCUUUCAAUAAAUGGCUCAAAGUAC